AUGCUCAUCACGCGUUGCCACUCGCCCAUUUCACACAGAGGUAUAACGCUCAUUUUCAUUGUAGCCACUGUGUUUCUCCUCACCCUUCUUGCGAAGCGGGAGCACAACAAAGGAACAAGACAAUAUGAGCUUCCCUUUGACCUAGGUAUUGCGAUUUCAGCGCAAGAUGGCUUCCAUGCGGUCAAGCCGUGCGCUUCAGAGCUGGAUUAUCUGAGGCGCAAAGAGUACGGGCUGACUCGGAACAUCAUCUUUCGGAAGCGUUGUUUUCGUGGCGUCUAUAGCCCGGAUGCCAAUUUGCGAAACUCAGUAUCCGAAGUCGAAAGCCCGUUGUUAGGGUCAAGAGUAGAUAUCUUGGAUCUCGACGACCAAUGCAGGAAGGUCUCAUCAUCAUAUUCACCCGAUCAAACCGCAUCUUGCGAGCCCAUCACGCUCCAGGUAGCAGAGCCAUUCCCGGUGGCGGAUUUUUCCAAAGUCAUCUUUGGCGUGGCGACGACACUAUCUCGCCUGAAGGACUCGAUUCCUCAGUUUUCUCAUUGGAUGUCCGGGACGGGUGCAAUUUUCCUAGCGAUUGUUGUUGACGAAUCCGUUGCGGACGACGACUUGGACUCACUAGAGUCAAUGUACAACAGCCACGACAUCAGCCUCACAGCUAUCCGGCCAUGGAAUUGUUCUUUCGAUGUUAACGAGCAGCAUUUUGCCAUCAUCCGCGAUCUUGUCGACUAUUCAACUCAUGAAACCCAAUGGGCCGUCAUCAUCGACGACGACACCUUCUUUCCGUCGCCAUAUUCUAUCACACAACUCCUAGCAGCUCACGAUCCAACCGUGCCAACGUACAUCGGUGGCCUCUCUGAAAGCCCAGGGGCAGUGGAAUACUUUGGAUUCAUGGCCUACGGAGGAGCCGGCAUCUUCAUGAGCAUGCCGCUUCUCCAACAGCUCGAUUCCCAUGUGGAUGAUUGUCUUGCCGAGAGCCUCACAAGAGAAGGCGACGGACUACUGAACAACUGCAUACGCAACUAUACACAAACGGAGCUGACGGCUAUCCCCGGGCUGCACCAGCUUGAUAUGAGGGGGGACUUGAGCGGAUUCUACGAAUCAGGUGCUCUUCCUCUAAGUCUACAUCACUGGAAGUCAUGGCACCAGGCUCCGGUCGACAAGAUGGCCAAGAUUGCCGAUUUCUGCGGAGAUUGUUUUCUGCAGCGGUGGAGGUUCGAUGGGAACAGUGUUCUUGCCAACGGAUAUAGCAUCAGCGUAUACGAAGACGGCAUAAGCCAAGCUGAUCUGGGCCUCAUCGAGGGAACGUGGGAGGCGGCCAUGGGCUACGAGGGCACUAUGGGCAAAAUGAGAGACAAGUUAGAGGGGACUAAGAAGAAGAGUUACCGGCUCAUUGACGCCGAGGAGGUGGAUGGGAACUUGCGGCAGGUGUUUGUGCAUCACGGAGCUUCGGACUUGGACUACGAUGGCGAAGAGGAGGCCAUGGAUGAGGUUGUGGAGAUUUGGUGGGAGUGGACGCGGGAGUGA